AUGAGGUACGACGUCAUCGGCUUGGCCGAAACAAGACGACGCCACCCAUUCAACGCUGUCCAUGACACCGAAGAAGAACUGUUCCUCGGAACAUGCAACAGUAGAGGAGUCGGCGGCGUCGGCGUUCUCGUCAGCACGAGUUUGUCCGUGAAAAUCGAUUCAUUCGAACAGCAUACAACCCCAAUCGGACGUUUGCGAUUAAAAAGACGUGGAUCAAUACCGGCCUUGAAAAUCUUCGUCGUGUACGCGACGACACCAAACUAUGACGAAGAAGAAGUCGAAGCGUUCUAUAUGGACUUGGAGAAGUUCUACAGAGAAGACCACACAUUCUUCAAGGCAAUCAUUGGAGAUUUCAAUGGCAAGACUAGACCAAGAAGAACGUCUUAA